AUGUCCCAGGUAAGUACAACUCACCUUAAUGAACUCCAGACAAUGGAGGAGAUGUGCAUCAUCAUUGACAAGCAGGAUUGGGUCAUUGGAGGGGAAACCAAGGGGAGAUGCUGCCUAAUGGAAAACAUAGAGAAGGGUGAGCUGGAAGGUCCCAUGUGUUGGCAUCCUCUUAACAUAAAAAGACAGCUUUUGAUCCAGCAGGUAGUAGACACCAAGUACACUUUUCCUGGGCAUUUUACUGACUCAUGUUCUAGUAAUCCUCUAUACAAUCCUGAAGAACUGGAAGAGAACAAUGCCAUAGGAAUGAGGAGGAUGGCCCUGAGACACCUGCAGGCUGAGCUGGGCAUCCCCAGGAACAGGUACACAAUUUUCAUACAAGACAUAAUUUUUGUGUCCCAGAAGUACCACAAGUAUCAGUAGUAUGCCAUCUGGAGAGAACAUGAAGUUGGCUCUCUUCUGUUUGUGAGGAGAGACCACACAGUGAACCCAGACCCCACAGAAAUCAAAGGACACUGCUUCAUGAGCUUGGAGGAACUGGUGGAGCUCCUGGACACAGCCUGUGGUCAGGAGGUCACUCCAUGGUUCAGGACCAUUGUAGAAGACUUCCUGUUCCAUUGGUUGCCGUAUUUGGAGGACACCUCCCCAUUCAUGGAACCUAACAAAAUAUAUGGACUGUGA